UUUCCAUUUAAUCUAACUGCAAGAGAAUCACUAAACUUUUGCGUUCCAAAUUGAAGAAGCUACGGCAACUCUUGAAGAUAUUGGUAUGGACAUGACAGAAUUAAAUACCCUUACCUACGAUGAUCUCGAUAGUGUUUCAAAGCUACAAAAAAGUCGGAGAUAUGCUGAUAUAAUGCAGCAAGUGGAAGAGGCUCUUGAAGGAUCUGUAUUAGAGUACAAGAAGCUAAUCGUGGACUGCAAGCAGCUCUUAGUUGAUAUUGAGAAUGAAAUAGUCAUCGUCCAAAACUUUAUCCGUGACAAGUAUAGAGUUAAGUUUCAAGAGCUUGAGUUGCUUGUUCCUCACCCAAUCGAUUAUGCUCGUGUUGUGAAAAGAAUUGGCAAUGAGAUGGAUUUAAAACUUGUUGAUCUUGAAGGCCUUCUUCCAUCUGCUAUGAUCAUGGUUCUUUUAGUUACUGCUUUAACCACAAAAGGGAACCAACUGCCAGAGGAUGUUCUGCUAAAGACGAUAGACGCUUGUGAUCGGGCUCUGGAUCUUGAUUCCGCAAGGAAGAAGCCAUCUCAUGCUUCGGAAACACCCUCCUCCUCUGCAUCUGGAUACAAGUCUCUGGAAAACGUAAAGCAUAUCAAUGUAGCUGCCAAUAGUAGCACUAUCAAGAUUACUACCCGUGACCUCAGCCUCAAUUACAAACCGGGAGGUCACAAGAGUUUCUUAUAAACACGGUUUUGAAGAAGCUAAAAUGGUAAAGGUAAUGGUGUAUAAAUAGAAUACUAAGUGCGGCUAAAGGUUUGCAAAUGAGUAGUCUUAUGGUGGUUGUAAUAAAACAGAGGACUGGUUCUCGAAAGAGCGGCAACUAAAUGGAUAGGUGGCUGUUUGAAUUUUGUGGUUGGCUGUAUCGCUUUCUGUUGCGAUUGGUCAUCUUCCUCUGCUUUUAUUCAUUGUUCUGUUACUGUUAGGCUGAACUUUUGUAACUUUGCAAGUACGUAAACUAAUUGUACCACUCUGA